UGGGAGAAAAUGUCUAGGUAACUAAACCACUAUGAACCCUUUUUAGUUCGGAAUUUUACUUCCGGGAAAAAAAAUGUCAAGUUCGCGCAAAAUUUGAAAGGCGUUGCAGAGAUAAUAAAUCUUAAUGAAUUCUACUGAGGAUUUAGACAUAAAUCCAAAAAUUAAGACGUCUCUGAAAAAAGUUGGGCUGAAUACAUUUGGGAAAAUUUUGACUCUUUCAAUACAAGACAUUCAACGAUUGGCCAAAUUAAGCUAUGGGGAGGUAACAGGAGUCAAAACUGCUAUUGCUCAACAAGUUGUGACCCAGCCACCCCUUACAGCUUUUGAUAUACACAGAGGUACAGAGAAAUGCCCUGAAAGUUUGAAGCUAGGGAAACUCUCCACAGGGUGCAAGCAAAUUGAUGAAGUUUUGAGAGGAGGAAUCUUAACAAGGGGGAUAACUGAGAUCUGUGGGGAGAGUGCCAGUGGUAAGACACAGUUUUGUCUACAGCUCUGUCUCAGUGUACAACUACCCCAAGACUUGGGAGGCCUAGGAGCAGGGGCUGCAUAUAUUUGCACUGAAGAUGCUUUCCCGAGUAAAAGACUUGGUCAGAUGAUUGAUUACUUGAGGCGACGAUCAGACAGACACAGGCAGAUAGCAUUUGGAGAUCAGAUCUUCAUUGAACAUGUUCCAGAUCUGGAAAGUUUGAAUAUGUGCAUACAUCAGAAACUCCCCCACUUACUGUCUGGUGGAAAUGUGAAGCUACUGGUCAUAGAUUCUGUGGCAGCUGUGUUCAGGAGUGACUAUGAAUUAAAGGACAUGUACAAACGCUCUAAGCAUAUGGCCUCUCUUGCUGCAAGUCUACAACAGCUUAGCUCAAAAUACUGUCUACCUGUUGUGUGUGUCAAUCAGGUGACAGAUUCAAUGCAGACAGGUGUUAAGAGCAAGGUUCCUGCCCUUGGACUGGCUUGGUCUAACCAGGUCACAUCUCGCCUGAGUCUGGCCAGAACGAGUCGAGAACUUGAUCUCCCGAGAACGAUGCUCAACGGAGCAGUGGUUGGUGGGUUCUCCACCUCCAUCAGGACACUAGACAUCGUGUUUGCUCCUAAUCUGCCUAACCUUACCAUUAUGUAUGUGAUAGACCAGGAGGGCAUUAAAGCUUUAACAUAAGAGCUUUCAGAUUUGUUCUUUAUAUUGUCAUUUGCUAUUCAACUGAUGUUUUAUUUUCUUUUUAAGUGAUGUUGAAUUUUCAGGCCUUAUUCAAAAAUGCAAGACCAGCAGGGUCAAAGUGGCCCAUACGACCAUUUUGCCCCAUGAGCCUCUUUUUUUUUUUUUUUAAUUUGAAUGUACAAGAUCUAAUGCUUGUAUACAAAUUCUCAAACUUAAAAAAAUUAACAAAGGUACAUGUAUGAUUGUUUUAUUAACAAGUUGAUAAAAUAAACCUGUAAUCUUGUU